GCCUUGCACUUCUCCCUCUUGCAUAGCCGAAACCGCGAGCUACACGGAGCCCAUGAAGCUUCGGAGAUAGUAUACGAUUUCGAUACGCCUCGCCGCCAUGGCUGCCCCGGCAGAUCUGCCGUCGCAUGUGCCCCCGCCGCCCUUGGAUACCGGGGGGCUAGCGAAUGUGUUGAAGAACUUUCUGGGCAAGGGCGACUCGCCUGCCUCGCCCGCGACGGAAGCACACGAGCCCAGGACGCCUCCAGACGCGUCGCCCGGUUUGGGCCCUAUCCGGAAGACCGCUAGGAAGGUCGUUCCCGGCCUACCCCGCGCCAAAACCUUCAAGAGACAGCAGUCCGAGCUGAGAGACAGACUCGAGGCCGUAGAGCCUACGUCGGCAGAGCGCAGAGCUGUCUCCGUCGAUAGACGGCUGCGCCCCCAGCGGAGUAUUUCCCGGCCCAACCAAGCUCUCCCGCAUGCAAGCGCGCCUGAUUUCCUCGAAGAGACGUCGUCUCCCGUCAGCCCGCAUACCCUCCUCUCGCUGCCGGCGACGUCAGCUCCCCAGACGCCCGAAGCAGAGCAGUUCUUCGACUUACCCGAUGUCAGCGGCGCCGGUGACGUUACGGGACAUCCCGAUUCGUUCGAGCGCGUGUCCAGCUACGCCAACGCGCUCUCCCCGACCGACGAGGCCCAAGAUGCUCAAUCCAUGACAACGUCCCAGUAUGACGACGUAAUCAACGCCGAGUUGGAGCGGAAAUGGAUCCUGAAUCUUAGCAUGCAUUUCCGGGAUAAGUCGAGGAGGGAGAAAUUUUUCGUUACCUAUCGGGAGGACGAAUACGUGUGGAGGCGGGUGACUAUCUCUCUGGAUUACCGGGACGCCCCCAACGAUUCCCUGGAGAAGGACCUCCUGCAUAUAAAAUACCAGAGAGAAAAGAGUGCGAAGAUCUACGAAGCCAUACGCGAUAGCCUUCGGGACAUACAAUUCUACUCCACCGUCACCAACCUCAAGCUGCAGACUACGGACGGGAGGUUGCACGUGCAUGUAGUAGAGGAUGUAAACGAGAUCAUCAACUAUCCAGACCUCCGCAUGGUCCAGCACUUGCGGUGCCGGCGGAUCAAGGAGAGAGAUCUCGUAUUCGACUCGCACAUGUCCGGCUUCGUGUACAAGGUCCGCGUAGCUGGGCAAACGCUUAUCAAGAAAGAGAUACCAGGACCGGACACGGUGGACGAGUUCCUCUACGAAGUCAACGCCCUCAACUCGCUGCGGUUCUCCCAAAACGUGAUCGAGUUCUACGGCGUGGUGGUUGACGACGAUGACAGAUUUGUCAAGGGGCUGCUCAUAAACUACGCCGAGAAAGGGACGCUCAUCGAUAUGAUAUAUGAUUCCCAGGAGGAGGGCGGCGCCUUAUCGUGGGCCCGACGGGAGAAGUGGGCGAGGCAGAUCGUUCAAGGUCUGUCGGACGUUCACGAAGCCGGGUUUGUGCAGGGCGAUCUCACGCUCUCCAAUAUCGUCAUCGACGACAAAGACAACGCAAAAAUAAUAGACAUCAACAGACGGGGGUGCCCGGUCGGUUGGGAGCCUCCCGAAGCUACCCCGCUUAUCGACAGCAACCAGCGGAUCUCGAUGUAUAUCGGCGUAAAAUCCGACCUCUACCAGCUAGGUAUGGUGUUGUGGGCGCUCGCGACAUCACAAGACGAACCGGAAGCCCACCCACGUCCACUUCGUUUAGACCCCCAAAUGAACAUCCCGGAGUGGUAUCGCAGCAUAGUGGAAUGUUGCCUGCACGAGAAUCCUCGCGCGAGAUGCCAGGCCACCGAAGUACUUACUUGGUUUCCCAAGCUCCCUCUCGACGAUUAUGAUGGGCCAGACCUGGCUUCCAUUUCCGUUGACGACGGACACUUUCACCGAGAAUAUACCGUAGGUGGGUACCAACCAAAUGGCCAUCGAACCGUUCAGCCCCGAGACGCCUGGUCACAGCAUACCAUGGUCGGCAACACGCUUGCUACGUCCCCAAGCCCAUUAGAUGAAUCACACUACUACCCAUCGCGGGGGCGAUCUCCGCCCAGGUCACUACCGGACGAUCACGGCAACUAUGGUUUGCAUUACGAUCCACAGUACGACAUGUGGCCAAACGAUGUUAUGGAUCUGCCUGCCGGCCACGCGGGCAUAGAGACGGGAGAGGCGGCCGAGACUACCGGAGCAGUGCAGGGUCAAUUUGAGUGGGAAAACGAUCAGGUGACUGAAGCCGAAGAAAUCGAGACACCUUUGCCAUUUUCUAGCAUCGGCACGGAAGCUGUCGCGCCCACUGGCGAACCAGCUACGACGGCUCCGCUGCGCGAAGAAGGCGCCUUAGAGGGCCCUAUAUUCGAUAUUAUAGACGGCCGCCCGAAACAAGCCGAUUUCAGAAUCGAAUACGGCAUCCGGAUACCGACGGAAAGCGGCGAUACGGCUGGGUUGCCCAAUAGCGGCAUCCACGACGGAGAGAGGGAGAAGACGUCAACGCGAGCAACAGGAGCGCCGCUAUCGAGAGCAGCAACGGGGCCUCGAUCACAUGACGUACCAGCCGUCUUGACAGGCAUCGGCUCCGCAUACGAGAAACAGGAGGAAUUUCGCCAGGCAACCUUCUCGGACGAAGACCUAGGUCUCUUGACGACCACGAACGCAGCACCGCGAGCCUAAGGCUUGGAAACCUCGAGGCUUUUGCGGGGUUGGAAAAGCCGCCCGUGUAUAUACAGUCAGGGCGUACAUAAACACAUUUACACGUACCAGGAGAAGACUU